UAUGCUUUGAGCGCUUAUAUACAGCAUGGGUAGCCGCAUAACAUCUUGGAGCUAUCUCCCAUUGGCCAAGCAUUGACAAGUGAGAGAGUCAUCAUUCGUCAAACUCCACACAAUAAGCGCCCGCUCCCUGCUAGCUUACGGCUAUUAAUCCCUCUCUGUUAGCUCUUGCAGCUGAAUGGGAAUGUGUUGCAUUAGCUGUAUGCUAAUACAGAGUAUGUACAUACAUUAUUCAGGUUGUAAGAGAGUCUGGCCAAUACAAACAGCGCAAUAUUCUGGAGAUCUUCCAAACAGAUUGCACACUGCGCCAUCAUGUAUGAUGUAUCAGCCACUCUUCUUUGGUUGAACCCCUGCAUACUGCAUGAUCCUGCUGAGGGCGCUAACAUGUCUGUGCACUGGGCGCGGCUGUGUGUAAGUGGUGUUAUUUGAAGAAGGGGUCCGCCCAUUGUCUCAUCCGCUUCUAUCUCUUCCUCCUUUCCGUUGCCCAUCAAAGUCCAUGCCAUGGCACAGUCACGCAAUGGCGGGUACUGCUACUUCCGCAAUGGUACAACAUCCCGGAGUACUAUGGGCGAAGCUUACCAACCAUGCAACAACUCUACCCAAGGAUCUGCAUGCUGCGGCACAAAUCACGAGGGCGCAGGAGAUAUCGGAGUCGCAAACGAUAGAUGCUUGCCGAAUGGUCUUUGUCAGAACUUUGUGGGAUAUGAUCCAGCCCUGAACAACGAAGGUCAGCAGCUGUGGUGGAGACAGGGCUGUACAGAUCCUACAUGGCAGAGUCCUUAUUGCUUGGGGAACGUGUGUAACGGGACAGAGUACGCUUUCGAUAAUGCACCAGUAAGAAACUGCGGAGGAAACGCGUGGUGCUGCGGAGACGAAACUUGUUGUCAGACUGCUAGCAAUAUAUUUCAGCUUGCAGCAACUGUUGGCCCGUCGUCGUCCGUUCCCUCGGAAACGCCAGCGUCUUCGACAUCCACUUCGACACUUACUUCGACAUCCACUUCUCCAUCUGCCACCUCUUCGCACGCAGAAACACCCACAUCAAGAGGGCUAAGCACAGGCGCAAAGGCUGGUGUUGGCGUUGGCGCAGCUGUAGUGGUGUUGGUGGCUAUAUUGACUGCAUUUCUUCUAUUCAGGCGGCGGAAGUCCAAGUCUGCAGAGCAUGAUCAGACUGGAGCGUAUAUGCCCUCUGCGACUAGCGUUGCGGGUAUGCGUGAGCAAAAGCAGUCACAGAUUGGCGUGCAUGAAUGCGAUGGCAACGAGACCGUUGAAAUAGAUCAUGGACAUAUUACGUACAGAUAUCCUGCAGAAUUGUGGGGAAACGAUGCACCACGAGAACUGGAUGCUUAAGGAACAAGAGCUCGGUGACGACACUUGAAUCUGUGUGGACAAACCAGAGUGAGAAGGGUGAGAG